AUGUUUUCGAUCGUGCAGAGAGGUCAGCACGUCUUGAACCAUGCGGUUACUUUGAUUGGUAUUCUUUCGGUGUUUAUUGCGCUCAGUUCAUAUGCCCUGCUCCAGCAGGGUGGAGCUUUCAACUUACCAAGCACAAUAUCAGGCGUUAGCCCUCAAGCCACUGUGAGAAUGAGCAGAAGGUUCGGCUCAGUUGGAAGUAAAGAGAAGGAGAAUAACAAAUUGACGUUUGAUCUCCAAGCUGAUCUGACGCCUCUGUUCAACUGGAACACCAAGCAAAUCUUUGUCUAUCUCACUGCUGAGUACCCUGGUAAAUCUGAAGGCUCAUCUAACAAAGUCACCUACUGGGAUAAGAUCAUCACAUCUAAGGACAAUGCCAACCUCACUCUCCAGAAUGAAAAGUCAAAGUACUCUGUGUGGGAUGUUGAAGAUACCUUCAGAAACAGAGAGGCCACAGUGAAACUGGAAUGGGAUAUUCAACCAUACGUUGGUAUUUUGAUCUCUGGUGAGACUACUGGUGAAGUUGAUGUUGUGUUCCCAACACCACCAACAGGUGAGGAGGCCAGAGCUGAGAAGAUGAAGAAAAGACAGCAGAAGCAACACUAG